GGGCCGCGGUUUCUAGACCCGGGUUUUGAACAUGUCGCGCCUGAAAGGAGCUGCGGGGCGAGAUCCCCGGGCGGGUUUCAGAACCGAGACGAGAGACUGCAGUACCUCCGUACCCCAGGGGCUGUUAAAGGCGGCGAGGAAGAGCGGUCAGUUAAACUUAUCGGGGAGGAACCUCAGUGAAGUGCCUCAAUGCGUCUGGAGAAUAAAUGUGGAUGUCCCCGAGGAAGCUAAUCAGAAUCUCUCAUUCAGCGCUUCUGAACGAUGGUGGGAGCAGACAGAUUUGACCAAAUUAAUUAUAUCGAACAACAAGCUUCAGUCACUUGCAGAUGACCUCCGACUUCUACCUGCAUUGACUGUUCUUGAUAUACAUGAUAAUCAGCUGACAACUCUUCCUUCUGCUAUAAGAGAAUUAGAAAACCUUCAGAAACUUAAUGUCAGCCAUAACAAACUGAAAAUACUUCCUGAAGAAAUUACAAAUCUUAGAAAUCUAAAGAGCUUGUAUCUUCAGCAUAAUGAGCUAACUGUCAUACCAGAGGGAUUUGAACAACUUUCCAGUCUAGAAGAUUUAGAUCUUUCGAACAAUCGUCUUACAAUGAUUUCCACUGGAUUUUCUUCUCUGUCCAGUCUGGUGAGAAUCAAUCUUUCCAGCAAUCAUUUGAAGAGUUUACCAGCAGAAAUCAGUAGAAUGAAAAAAUUAAGACAUCUGGAUUGUAGUUCAAAUCUCUUGGAAAGUAUACCUCCUGAAUUGGCUGGCAUGGAAUCACUAGAAUUGCUUUAUUUGCGGAGGAAUAAACUACGUUUUCUACCAGAAUUUCCUUCUUGUAAACUAUUAAAGGAACUGCAUGUAGGUGAAAACCAGAUUGAAAUGUUAGCAGCAGACCAUCUUAAACACCUGAGUUCUAUCCUUGUGCUAGAACUGAGGGAUAACAAGUUGAAAUCUGUUCCAGAUGAAAUUUCACUGCUACAAUCUUUGGAAAGACUUGACCUAAGCAACAAUGAUAUUAGUAGUCUUCCCUAUUCACUGGGAAACCUUCAUCUGAAAUUCCUGGCCCUAGAAGGAAAUCCUUUGAGAACCAUUCGAAGAGAAAUUAUAAAUAAAGGAACCCAAGAAGUCCUAAAAUAUCUGCGGAGCAAGAUCAAAGAUGAUGGACCUAGCCAAAAUGACUCUGUUACCGAGACUGCCAUGACACUACCCAGUGAAUCCAAAGUCAAUGUACAUGCCAUCGUCACAUUAAAAUUAUUAGACUAUAGUGAUAAGCAAACAACUUUGAUUCCUGAUGAAGUGUUUGAUGCAAUAAAAAGCAACAUCAUAAUUUCUGUUAACUUCAGUAAGAAUCAGCUAUCUGAGAUUCCAAAAAGGAUAACAGAACUAAAGGAAAUGGUUGCUGAAGUCAACCUCAGUUUUAAUAAGCUUUCCUAUAUAUCCUUGGAGUUAUGUAUGCUUCAAAAAUUGACUUUUUUAGAUCUCAGGAACAAUUUUUUAAAUUCUUUACCUGAAGAAAUGAAAUCAUUGAUAAGACUACAAAUGAUCAAUCUUUCCUUUAAUAGGUUCAAAAUAUUGCCUGAAGUUCUGUAUCAUAUCCCCACACUUGAAACAAUUCUGAUUAGUAACAAUCAGGUUGGAUCUGUGGAUCCUCAGAAAAUGAAGACAAUGGAAAAUCUGACUACGUUAGACCUUCAAAAUAAUGACCUUCUUCAAAUUCCACCAGAGCUUGGUAAUUGUGUCAACUUAAGAACAUUACUUCUAGAUGGAAAUCCAUUCCGGGUUCCUCGAGCUGCCAUAUUAAUGAAGGGAACAGCGGCUAUACUGGAAUAUCUGAGAGACCGAAUUCCUACUUAAAUUAGAGUUGUUUUAUAAUCCUGGUCAUGUUAACUGUUAAAAGGAUAUAACAUUUUGUUUUAGUAUCAUCUGAAAGAUGAUUGCUGUACUUGAUCUUAGAAUUCCCUAAUCUCAGCUAGGUAUUGGGAUAAUUGACAUGAGCCAUAAUCACUGCCACUAUUUUUAUACUAACAAAACAACAAUUUAACAUUUUGAAGAUGUUGUUUACAUUGCUAAAGGUGAUAACCACAUGUGUAGUGUUCAUGCCUUGAUUGAAUGUUUUGCACAUGAAUUAUCCUAAUCACUUUCAUUCCCCUAUAAUGUAGUAGGUACUUUCUGCAAAAAUGAACUUUCAUUUAAUUUGGUUGAAUAUUUUUAUAAUAACAAAGAUUUUUGGAGAUCUGUUUUUUUCUCCGCAUUUUUUUUUGUAUUCCAUAUAACGUGACCAAUUGACCUGAAUGUGACUACCCAAUUGUUACCUUUUUAUUAACUAUAAAUCGAACUGAAUUUUAUUGAAUAUUGUUCUUUAUCAUUUAAAAAAUUAAGACUUUUCCUACUUAUAUUAAGACUUUUGUGACGUGGACAUUCUCAGUGUAAGUGUAAAGUUAACAUUCACUGCCUUGUUCUUUAAUUGAAAUGUUUCUUUUCUAACUAUUGGGUAUAUCUUUUUCCUGUGUUUUAUGAAAUCAUUUUCCCAGGAUCAUUAAUGUCAUAGAACUGAUACUGAAGAUACAGUCUGGAGAAAAUACUGAAAGUGUUGUUAUAACUGCUGUCACAAUGUUGAAUUUAAAAUUUACUGUUUUUUUCAGUGACAUUAUUUUCAUAAGAUAACUAAAGAGAUUGGAUCUACAUAUUUUCUCUUCAAUGAGAAUACUGAGCAUUUAAAAGUACCUUUUGUUAUUUAAAAAAAGCACUUAAGAGUGUAACUUAUUAAUUCUAUACACAACAGCAACAGAAAACUAAUAAGGUAUACCACAAGAAAUCUUAAAAUAGAGCCAGGCAUGGUGCAAUGGGAAGCCUGCAUCCUAUAUCAGCCUGGAAUCAAUUCCACCUUUGCUUCUGCUUCUAGUCCCAUUUCCUGCUAAUGUCUUCAUUCCUGCCACCCACCCAUGUGGGAAACCAGGAUGGAGUUCCUCUGACUUUGGUCUUUCACUUUUUCUCUCUCUGUCUCUGUCUUUGUCUCUCUCUUCCUCUCUCCCUGUCACUGUCUUUCAAAUAAAUAAACAUAUCUUGUUUUUAAAAGGCAAAAGGAAAAAGCUUCAUAUUAAAAAAAUAAAUAAAAAUGUACUUUAUUCAAACACUUAGUAGGCAGGUACUUGUAUAUUUAAUCUACUCUUUGAAUGUGUUUUAAUCCAGCCUUGUGCAUCUUGCCCAUCUUUUCAUUUCCAGCACUGUAAUUUUAAAAUUUGCAUGCACCCUUGAUAAGACUAAACUUGUAGUCAUGCAGUAAUGUUCUAAAAGGGAAUUUGAUAUAGUUAAACUUGAUUUAAUAAAAAACAAAUAUAAACAUUUUUGUUUACACCAAAAUCAUUGGAAAUAGGUUGAUCAGUCAUUAUAACACUUACCAAAUGAUUCUAUUAAGUAGCCAGUUCAAUAGCAUGUAUAUCCACUAAUAUAGAUCAAUAGUGAGCUUUUAGAUGUUUGAGGCAUGCUUAUAUGAUGAAAAAAUCAUUUGUAAUAAACACUACAUGUUCAUAAUAAAAGUUACAUUUCUCAAAUAUUGAUUGCAAUGUCUGUUUUAAAAGAAACAUGCCCUUCUCAUAUUACAGCUCUAUCACUGACUUGGAACUUUGCUUUGAUAGUAAACAAAAGACACUUACAAUAAGGUGACAUUUUAUUAUUUAUACAAUAAAGAGACUUUAUGUUAUUCAAAACACUUUUUUAAAUACUGAAAAAGUUGAGUACACCAAAGCCGAAAAAUGGCUCUGCUAUACACUGCACAGCAUUAUUUUAGUCCCUGUAUUUUUUAUCUGUACAGAAAGCAUCCUCAAAAUGCAUUCUAAUCACAUUGUACACCUUUACUGAUUAGUGUCAAUACAUAAAAUGAAACUGGAGAAUACAGCUUGCAUUUGCAAAUUAACUGACAUAGUAAUUAAUUUCACUGAUUCAGUAAAUUUAAAAUAUAGAUUCAUAGAACUUCUUUGCACAUAAAAUGAAGCAGCUUUCAAGGUCAUUAUGGUCUCAUACUGCAAAAAAA